GGCAUUGUUUUGGCCAUCAAAGCACAACACCAUGUCCAGAAACCAGAUCCUCAUCACAGUGGUGAUUAUUUUCUUGUCAUUUGCCUUCACACGAGCCGCCAAUUCUUCAUGCCCCAUCAACUUCGACUACGCAAAAACCUGCAAAUGGGACACUUCCUUGUGCACCCGACGGCCCAGCGAGAGCGGCAAUUGCUGCCAGGCGCUUCGCAGCGUCUUCGGCAUCGGCCUCGCCCAGCACCUCAAGCAAACCUCCACGUUCUAUCUCCCAAACGCGAGCGUGGCCGCUUCUUGCAUCUCCGAUUUCCGGGCCGAGCUGGGCGAUAUGUCCGUCCCGGCUCCCCUGGUGUCCCAGUGCAUGAGCAACGCCAGCGAUUUCACGGCCAGCCCCGCGGGGUGCGACGGGAUCGAGACGUUAAGCGACUGGUACGAGAAAGUGGGGCGGAAUAGCCCGUUGGACUCGUCCUGCGACGGAGACCUGAGCGGGCUAAGUAGGUGCAGUUUGUGCGUGGAUUCCGGGAUGAAGGUGAACACCAAAUUGGUGUCUUUAGAUCCCAAUAACUCAAGCAAAUGCUUUUACUUCGCAGUUCUCUACGCAGCUGCCAUUGUGAACGAGUUCGGGCCGCGGGAUCCCAGAACCGCCGGGUGCGUGCUCGCCCUGCCCGUGGCUAGUCCGCCCAAUGAUCCCGGAGACUCAGAAGGCCCCAAAACGCUGAAGAUAGUUUUCGGGGUCUUGGGUGGGGUUAUUGGGGGAGUUUUAGCCGCCAUUGUGAUGGUCAGGAAAUGGAAGAAGAAGAAGGGGAAUAGUAAUAAUAAUAAUCUGAGCAUUUCACACCUGACCAGUAUAGUAGAUAGGCAGAUUUUCCCCAACACAGGCGGGGCGAGGUGGUUUGGGCUAGCGGAGUUAGAAGAGGCCACGGAUGGGUUUUCCCAGAGGAAUUUGAUUGGAAAAGGAGGGAGUGGGGUUGUGUACAAAGGGAUAUUACCAGAUGGCGCCAUAGUUGCAGUGAAGCAUAUCCAAGACUUUGAUUCUAGAGGGGAUGAAGAGUUCACCAAUGAGGCAUUGAUCAUAAGCAAGAUUAGGCAUCGGAACCUUCUCCCUCUCCGUGGUUUCUGCGUCACGAGUGAUUCAUUGUUGGGGAAGAGGCGAUUUCUGGUUUAUGAUUUCAUGCAAAACGGCAGCCUUCAUGAUCAUCUCUUCCUCCAGUCCAGGAACAGGCCGAAGCUGUCGUGGCCUCAGCGCAAGAACAUCAUUCUCGACGUGGCGAAAGCGUUGGCCUACUUGCACCACGAGAUCAAGCCCGGAAUAUACCACCGGGACAUAAAGCCGACUAACAUCCUCUUGGACUCCGAGAUGAAGGCGAGAGUGGCGGAUUUCGGGUUGGCCAAGCAGACCGAGGAAGGGCAGUCUCAUAUCACCACGAGGGUGGCAGGGACGUACGGGUACCUAGCCCCUGAAUACGCCCUCUACGGGCAGUUAACCGAGAAGAGCGACGUGUAUAGCUUCGGGAUACUGAUUCUCGAGAUUGUGAGCGGGAGGAGGGCGCUCGACAUGUCGAGCACUAGUUCAGUUCUGAUUGCGGAUUGGGCAUGGGCGCUGGUGAAGUCGAGCAAUGCAGAGGAAAUUUUCGACAUUUCCAUAAGAGAGGAAGGACCAAAGAGAGUGAUGGAGAGAUUUGCUCUUGUGGGGAUUCUGUGCGCACAUGUUAUGGUGGCUCUUAGACCUACCAUUUCUGAUGCUCUGAAAAUGCUUGAAGGUGACAUUGAUAUCCCAACAUUACCAGAUCGCCCAUUGCCUCUAAGCCACGAAUCCUUCCGUUCUUCGUCGCAAUACAGCAGCAUCUCCAUAAUUGAACGGUUAGGAUCUAGCUCAAGAAUCAGCACCAUUUAGCAUUCUAUUCAAUAGAUUUUGACUGCAAGGUUUUAUACCCAGACUUCAAAGUUUUGCUAUCCUUUAUAUUACAUUGUUGUAUGAUGUAAAAAGGUGUAUUAGAACUUUUUUAAAAAAUUUAAAAUUCUUUGGAAAGUUUAAACCAACAUAA